AAUAUCGAUGUUUCUUAUACAUCGAUGAACAUCUACAUGUCUAGAUUUGACUAAAUUGUCCUAUUUGUAUUUUUAUUCUUGCUUGAAUUCUCGGCGAAUAUUUUGUUUCUUAGAAUGCUGACAAGAACUCUUACUUCAAGAGCUAUUUUAUUACAGAAUUUAAAAAAUGUAGCCGAAAACAUGAAACAAUCAAAAAGAAACGCAGGACACGGAGUAUGGACAUAUAGAGUGCCUCCGCCGAUGCCUUCUAAGAAAAUUACAAAUCUAGCUAAUGGACUUGGUGGACUAUGUUGGUUUUGGAUACUCUAUCAUCUUGCAACUGAGCCAGAACAUGUCUUUGGUGAAUUCACCUAUAUUGAUCCUAGUACUUGGACAGAUGAGGAACUAGGCAUUCCACCAGAUACUACAGGAGCACUUAAGAACUAAAUAUUAAAAAGGCAAAUGAAUUUAUUGUUAGACAUAAAAUCUGUUAUUUAUUGUAGCCCAUUGUAUUCUUUAAUAAAAUAGUGGUUAUUAAAUGUGUCU